GGGAGGAUGAAUGUUCGUAGGACCGAUGACUGAUUGUGUCGACCAGACGCGGAUUCGGAUGUUUGUAGAACCCGUUCCGGUUCCGAACUCAGAAUCAUUUCCAGGUGACUGACAGACAGACGGACAAACGCGUGUUUUGUUUUCAGCGCGUCAAACCAACAGGACUCUACUUUCUUCCAUCCUUCUCCGUGAUGAAGACUCCUCUUGGCCCCUCUCAGCUCCUGGAGAGUGGGCAGAUCCUUGCCUUUGGAGGAAUGUGUCAAGAAAUAUUGAACACAAGCCGAGCUCACGCGCUUUCCGUCCAAAAGACUUCUUCCCCAGGUCAGGGUGGGGCGUACUCCCUUUGUGAGGUGUGUAACCUGCAGCUGACCUCAGCUUCUCAGGCCCAGCUGCAUUAUAAUGGCAGGUCUCACCUCAGGAGAGUAAGACAGCUGCAAGCUGGAGAGACAGGACAACAGACGGCAGCUGUGGCUCAGUCCAGAACCCUUCCUCAGGCCACAGGGGUCAGCUCCAAGCCUGCAGGACUCAGUCCAACUCCUGGCCCAUCUCCCGGCCUCCUGAGCCCUGGCCUCAGCGUCCCCUCCAGUGCGGCUGCGGGUAAUGGCGGUGGAUCGACACCAGGGCUCAUGGGAGCCACUGGUCCCUCAGUGAUGAUGAAGCCGUUCCUGCCGUUUUCAGUUGAAACGACAUCUCCAGUUGGACUCUUCCCAAACUUCAACACGAUGGACCCGGUGCAAAAAGCUGUCAUAAACCACACCUUUGGGGUGACCAUGGUGCCCAAAAGGAAGCAAAUCAUCUCCUGCAACGUCUGCCAACUGAGAUUCAAUUCAGAUUCUCAAGCCGAGGCUCAUUACAGAGGCAGUCGUCACGCCAAAAAGCUGAAGUCUCAGGAGAACAAGGCCAAGGCUAAGAUGACCGUCUCUACUGAGAACAAUGGGAACAGCUGUGGGACUCCCACCCCCCCUGUCCUAACCGGCAACCAGCACACAGAACUGCUAUGCAGCCCCACUGAUUCUCCCACUCCCCUGAAACCCUUCCUCCUCCUCCCCUCCUCACCCCUCUCCUCUUCCUCCCCCUCGUCUAGCAGGGCAGGCAGUGAGCCUCCUUCCUCCAGUCCCCCUUCUGCUUUGCCAGCUCCUGGCCUUUCUUCUUCUUUAUCAUCUUCCUCUUCGUCUACUUCUCCUGCUCCUGUCACCCCAUCGUCUUGCUCCGCCCCUCCCCUGACGUCCUCCUCUCAGGAAGCUUCUCUUUCCGUGGAGUCAGAGGAGGAGAAAGCCAAGAAGUUGCUUUACUGCUCUCUUUGUAAAGUGGCGGUCAACUCUUUGUCUCAGCUGGAGGCUCACAACGCAGGUUCGAAGCACAAAACCAUGUUGGAGGCUCGCAACGGUUCUGGGCCCAUCAAAGCUUACCCAAGACCAGGAGCAAAGCUGAAGAGCAGCGGAAGCAGCAGCAGCUCUGGACCGAAAGGGUCCGGCUUGCAGAAUAAAACCUUCCACUGCCAGAUCUGCGAUGUCCACGUCAACUCCGAGAUCCAACUGAAGCAGCACAUUUCCAGUAGGAGGCACAAAGACAGAGUGGCAGGGAAACCCAGCAAACCCAAAUACAGCCCCUAUAACAAACAGCAGCGAACGUCCAUAAAUAAGGAGCUUGGGAAAGCCUCCCUCAGUCCCUCCUUCCUUUCCACUCCUUUCGCUUCUCCCCCCUCACCUCUGUCACCUGCCAUCUCUCUCCCUUCCUCUGCUCUUUCCUCUCCUUCUCUCCUCUCACCCACCUCCUCCCCCCUCACUCCUGGCAUUUCCCUCCAUCCUCGCCCUCCAGCAUCAGCUCCGCUCUUCACGGCCUCCUUCCUUCGUCCGGCUCCCGGUCCAAUAAGAGCGAGCCAGGGAUCCAUUCUGUUCGCCCCCUACUGAUGAUAGUGAGAAGGGGGGGGGGCGGGGGGAUAUUAAACUUUUGACCUUCUCGCCAGACUUUGACCUCACACAAGCCAUCCUCGUCUUCCUCCUCAUCUGUGAAUCAGGCAAACUCAGAUUAACUGCUGACUCAUCAAGUCCACAUCAAGCAUGCAAGUGGAGCUGUAAAUAAACCCGGCUUAUCCGAGAGGCUCACUCUGGAAAAACAAGAAACUCUUUAUGCAAACAUAAAAACUUCUUUAUAAGCGAUGGAAAUUGUCUUCGUCAUCUUCAGUAGGACAUCUCUACAAGAGGAAAAACUGCAGCUCAUUUCUUUGUUUUAAGAUACUGAGCUGAACUCGAAUCACCCAUUUCAGCGGCGCCCCCUGGAGGACAUUUGCCAAGAGACUUGUGUACACAAAAAAAAACCCAAUAACAAGCAACUUAAAUAAGCUGCAUAUUUUUCUGUUCAUACAUUUAACUUAAUCUUAAUCAUCUUUUAUCCUGAUUCACGGAUUAACUUAAUGAAGGCACUCUGCACACAGAUUUAUCUGUUUUGUAAGGACCGAUAGAAGAAUCGGAACCUGGAUUUUUGCUCAGGUCGGGUUUUGGAGGCAAAAAAGAAGAGUCUGAAAGCUGUUCUUCCUCUUUGCUAAAAAAGCAAACCAGCACAGACAAGAUGUCAAAAGAAAAUAUCCUGAACACACUCAGUGCAGCUGUCUUUGCGAGUCCUGCACUUUUGUUUCUAAUAUAUUUCAUAAAGCAAAAAAAACAAAAAAACAUUUAAGAGUAAAGCGGUUUUAAUGGGUUUUUAAGGACAGAAAAGAGAUCACGCACAUUUUAUUUUUAAGUCAUUUCUAGCACAAUGAGAACAAUUGAGAAAGUUGUUUUUUUAAAACAGUUUAGCAAAUUUAACCCAAAAUCUAUAAACUACAGAUGAAAAAGGACAGAAAUAUAGCUAAUCAUUUCAUCAUGCUAAUUACCUUUGAAAAAAAGAAGAGAAAAGUCAUUUUUAUUCUGUUUAUGUACACAUCAUUCGCAUGUAAUUGUUCAAUUUUUCAUGAAUGUUGGUAGAAGAGCCAAACAACAACACCAGCUUUAAAAGCCCAAGGUGCAUUAAAGUGUGAUGAGACUCUAAAACAUACCAGCGCAUCACCUCCUCGUCGCCUGUGGCAGCUGCAGCAUCGCCAACUUGGAACAAACUGCAGCUUUUCUAAAACAGCUGCUGCCCUGCAGAUAUAAAGAAACAAACAAAUAAUAAAAACCAGGCUACUUUGCAGCGUCCUUGCGGACUAAAACUUAAAGCAAUAAUGAUUGAUUGUUGGGUGACGACCUGCUGGUUUCAUCUGCUGUGGAACUAAAGAACUUUUAUCUGAAGA